AUGGUACUUUCAUGUCAAGGACAAAUGGAUCAGUUAAAAGUUGAAGAUUCUUUCGGAACAGUUACACUGAGCGAGAAAAAAGUACACAAUUUUGUUGGCAUUUGGUUUUAUGAUGAUAGUAUUGAUCCAAAAGAAAUCAGUCAAAUGGAAAAUUGUCUGAAUAAAAUCUUUGAUUAUUCAAAAAUGUUUAAUGAUCCUGCUGAACUGAUCGCCUAUAUUUACUCGAACAGAAUUUCAAAAUUUGUAUUUAUUAUUUCAAGCCGAUUAACUGAAUAUUUAACUAGAAUUGCUGUUAAACGUGAAGAAUUUCUUACCAUCUAUUUUCAUUGUUUAACAAAUAUUAAUGAUUAUCAAAUUUAUUGUCAGUAUUCGAAAGUUAAUCAGAAUCUAUUUGACAAUAUGAACGAUUUAUUGACUAAAGCACUGAUUGAAAUUUUAAUGCGUCUUGAACAUAAAGAUGAUGCAAAACAGGAUAUGGUAAAUGAAUGUCGAGCACGUGACAUAGAUAAACAAAUAUGUUUCGAUAAGAUUAAGGAAUUUGAAGAAUGCUGCAGGUCACACGAAGCUAUUGUCCGGUAUACUCUUAAUACUGUUUUCUUUCGUCUUUUAAAUCAAGCAUUUCGAACAGAAAAUAUACAACGUAUUUACCCUUUUCGUCUAAUGAUAACUGACAUACAAAGACAGUUACGUAUUGAAUAUAUGAAAGCUGAAAAAAAGCCGAUCGAAAAAGCCUAUCGUGGAAGAAUGUUACCUGUGAAUACGUUAUAUAGACUCAUUGAUAAUCAGAAUGAUCUUAUAUCAAUGAAUGGUGUUUUAUCAGCAACACGAAGUGAAUCUGUUGCACUCAUGUUUGCUGGUGAAGGUUGCAUACGUCCAGGUUAUGAAUCAGUUGUAUUUGAAUUAGAUCUUAGUACUAUAAAUAUUUGCACAAAACCACUUGCUGAUAUAGCUCACUUAAGUAAGAUAAAAGACGGAUUUGAGGUAUUAUUUUCAUCUGUUACGAUCUGGCACAUUGAAUCUGUCUCUCAUGACGAUAGUAAUGUAAAAAUUAAAUUGAAAUUGGGUAGUGAUAAUGAUUUCGAAUCCAUUCAUUUAAUGAAUCAAUUAAAAAAUCGAUUAAAUAAUGAAUCAGCGUGUACAUUUAUGACAUUAGAAUACUUGAAAAUAGCUGAACAAUGUUUUUCUUUAUCAAAUAGUCAACAAGUUUUAACAAUAAUUCGUACAAAUCAGUAUGCAAUCAAUUGUAAAAAAAAUCUAGUAAAUAGUUCGAAAGAUGAAUUUAUGUUAAAAUCACUGCCUGGUAAUCAAAUAUCAAAACUUAAAGUUUAUAUUAAUAUGGAUUACACGUAUCAAACAAAUUACAAUAAUGAAAAAGCACUAGAAUAUUAUCAAAAAGUUUUUGAUUCAGAAGAAAACGAAAUCAAUCCAUUGGAUUUAUCAGUAGUCUAUAAUAAUAUAGAACAGAUUCAGUUUACUAAUGGUUAUUAUGAUAAAGCAAUUGAAUCAUACACAAAAGCUUUGAAAUUAGGAUUUCGAUCCGUACCUGAUACACAUCCGUGGAUUAUCGAUUAUAAAAAAAAUAUACGAACAGUAUAUCGAUAUAUGAGAAAUAAAUGCAACGAACAAAAGUUUAUGUCGAAUUAA